AACCGGGCUUCCCAUGUUAACUCAGAAAUCGUUAUCCAACCUCCCUCCGAGGACGGUGAGGCUUCAGCUUCACUGUUUCGCAUCAUAGUUUAGCGUUUCAGGGCGGAAUAGAAGAACUGAAAUGCUAUCUUCAUUUACUUAUGCCGUUUACUCGUAAAUUAUUUGAACUGUGACUGAAUGAGCUCCCAUGCCUUUACUAGCAGAGAUUGCACAUGCACAUCCCUCUUUCCAAUACUCUCUGUGUUCAUUCGGGUCGCAGAAUAGUUCUCAUUAUAGAUUAGCAUCAUUUUCGGUUACCUUUGGUAAUGAACUGAGAGUUCCUUGUGGCUGGAAAUCCUUACACAAACUUAGAAAGUUAACCUUCAAUGUGGGAUGUAUUGAGCUUCGUAAAGGCAGGCUACUGAUAAAGGCUGUUGCUACUCUUGAACCAAAUGGGUUGGCUGCGAAUGACAAUAAAUGCUUGGGUCCCAAGGACUCAGAUCUGGGUCUAAAUUCUAUUCCACCUGGGCCUUUGCACGAAUCUUCUAAUGAAGAACUUAAAGAACCUGAUGAGAGAGAGAAGUUGAGAAGAAUGAGAAUUUCUAAAGCAAAUAAAGGAGGCAUACCGUGGAAUAAAGGCAGAAAGCACAGUCCUGAGACUUUGCAAAAAAUCAGGGAAAGAACAAGGCUUGCAAUGCAGAAUCCUAAGGUCAAAAUGAAGUUGGUUAAAUUUGGGCAUGCUCAGACUAAAGAAACAAGACUGAAGAUAGGUGCUGGAGUGAGAAAGAGAUGGGACGGGAUACAUAGAAAGAAGAUGAUGCAGGAAACUUGCUACUUUGAGUGGCAGAAUUUAAUUGCAGAAGCUUCAAGACAAGGCUAUGGUGGUGAGGAUAAGAUGCAAUGGAAUUCCUAUGAAACACUGAAUGAACAGCUGAAGCAGGAGUGGCUAGAGAUUGUCAAACAAAGGAAUGCAGUGCCAAAGGCACAAGGUAAUAGAAGUGCACCCAAGUCCCUUGAACAGAGAAGGAAAAUUGCUGAAGCCAUCUCUACAAAAUGGGCUGAUCCUGUAUACCGUAAUAGAGUGUGCUCUGCGAUGGCCAAGUAUCACGGUACUGAAGUUGGAGUUGAAAGGAAAUCAAGAAGACCUAGUGAUGGUACACAUUCCACAAGAAGGAACCCUAUAAAUAAAAGAUUUACCGAUACUACUAUUUCUUUGGAGGGUGAAACUAGAAAUCUUGAUAAGAUGAGGUUGAAAAGAAGUAAAUCUCCUGUGUACAAGGAUCCUCUGGUGAGUUGUAAGCUUGAGAUGAUAAAGAAUGUCAGAGCACAGAGAGCUGCUACAGAAACAAAACAGAUUGAAGCCAUUGAACGAGCAAGAUUAUUGAUUGCUGAAGCUGAAAAGGCUGCCAAAGCACUUGAGGUUGCUGCCACUAGGAGUUCCAUUGCUCAAGCUUCUCUCAUAGAAACCAGAAAACUUAUAGCUGAAGCUACUCAAUCACUUGAAUCCAUUGAUACACAACAGAUAACUGAGAGUAAUGGUUCAUCUAUGGUUUUGAGUCAGGUUGAUGAGGAAAAAGGUAUCGCAUUUGAAGUUCCAAACCGGCCAGAUAUGGGUCAAAUAAACGGACACAAAACAUUAUUAACGAAAGAUAAGUUCGAAGGUAUUCACAGAUUUUCCUUGCAGAAGUUACUUAAUGGUACCAAUGGCCUCUUCUCGCCUCUUCGUUUUGACAGCCACCUAGCAGAACAAGGUCAGAGUAUUGAAUCGCAAUCCGAUCCCCUAACCAUGGGGGAAAUUCAGCCCCCUAAAAAUGACACGCCAUCUAGAUUACCUACUGUGACUAAAAAGUGGGUUCGUGGAAGGCUUGUUGAAGUAGUGGAAGAAUCCCAGUAAAAUGGACACAGGAAGCUUCUCUCGGUUUUCAAACAUGAUAUGGCGUAGUAUCAUGCUGUUUACUCUAUGUUAUAGCGGUGAUAGCUAAUUCUAGCAUAUGCGUUCACUCCCGCACCCACUCUUCAUAUAUAGUUUUUGAACUGUUCUAUAAUAUUGAACCCGUGAACUGAAUUCCAAUUCAGAAUGGUAAAUACCUCAAAGCAUGUUAACUGUUAUAGUUUGGAA